GAUGAAGAAAAAGAGCAACAUCGCAGUCUGAUCGGUGCUGGGGUCGACCUCGCAUUACGCCCCGUCCGCCCUUUCCUUUCUCGGCCCGCGAUUCGCGCAUACCUAACGACCAUUCUCUUUGCCCUCACAGCGUUUCUCCUCCUUGGACUGGCCACCACCAGCUACGCCCUCUUCUACUGGUCCUACAUCCCCCGCAUAGGCUUCUCCCGCACCGUGCAUCUUCAAUUCGACCAUGUGCUACAUCACCAGCACGAUCCAGCGACUAUCAAUCCAUUUCCCCAUGGCACCGUCAAACUCACGCCGGACCUGGUCAGCGCGCAGGGCUACGACAUCAUGGUGGAGAUGACCUUGCCGCAUACACCAUCAAAUCGAGACGCUGGAAACUUCAUGCUCGAAGCCAAACUCUACGCAUCGGAGGGCAUCAUCCCCACGGUCCAGGCCAAUCUCGCGCCAGGAACGUCGCCGCUACCAUCUACGCAAGCACUCGCGACUUCGCGACGACCAGCUUUACUACCUUAUCGCUCUCGUCUCGUGAAUCUUCUCCAAACGGUGAUGGAGCUGCCAUACUACGUCUUCAACUUCCGCUCCGAAACCACAACCCUCAAGAUCCCACUAUUCGACCGAGUCUCAUUCCCACGAGGUUGGCGCAACACACCCUCGACCAUGCAUCUCGAAGUCCAAUCAGCACACACCCUGCAAAUCAGUUCCGCGACCGUGCAUUUCCGCGCGAGAUUCAGCGGUUUGCGAUGGCUAAUGUACAACCACCGCAUCAUCAGCGCCCUAGCCUUCAUCACCACAUUCUGGAUGACGGAACUCCUCUUUGCCGGUCUCGCAUACGGCGCACUGGCC